GGCACUUUUGUAGAAAGUAUGUCGCUAUUUGGGAUACAGCCCAUGGAAACCGUAGAUAUGUAUGUAUUUACGGUGGUACUCAGUUUUCAAGUUUAAAACCAGGCAGAAGUUUGAAUUAACUUUCCAAGUGAAGUAUUUAAUCCUUCAGCGGAUUAAAUGGAUUUUCCAAAACUGCCUCCUCAUGAUGGCCCUGUUCUGUCUGUGGUUGACAUGCACACCGGAGGAGAACCUUUGCGCAUCAUCAUAAGCGGGUAUCCCACUGUGCUAGGUGACACUGUGCUUGCCAAGCGCCGGUAUGUACGUGACCACCUCGAUCAUCUUCGCAAACUGCUAAUGUUUGAGCCCCGUGGCCACUAUGACAUGUACGGAGCCUUAUUAGUUGAAAGCGAGAUACCAGAAGCGGAUUUGGGGGUUCUGUUUAUGCACAAUGAGGGUUACAGCACAAUGUGUGGCCAUGCUGUCAUUGCUCUGGGCCGUUUUGCUAUAGACUAUGGUUUGGUAAAGACUCCGACUUCUCCCGAGACCCAAAUCAACAUCCACUGUCCUUGUGGCCUGGUGAAGGCUUUUGUGGAGUAUAGCAACGGCAAAACAGGAGCAGUGAAGUUCCACAGCGUCCCAGCUUUUGCUUUCGUCACAGAUGUGAAAAUCACUGUCCCAGGAUAUGGUGAAAUCACAGUGGACAUAAGCUAUGGUGGAGCUCUCUAUGCUUUUGUGAAUGCAGAAAUAUUUGGACUGGAUGUCAAUAAGUCUCAAACCAGAGACUUGGUGGAUGCAGCCACUGCUGUAACUAAUGCAGUCAAAGCUCAGGUGAAGCUCUAUCAUCCUGUUAGUGAAGAUCUGGCUUUUCUUUAUGGCACCAUCCUUACAGAUGGUAAAGAGGAUUUCUCUGAUGAGCCUACAGCCAAUGUGUGUGUGUUUGCUGAUGCCCAGGUGGACAGGAGCCCUACUGGCUCUGGUGUGACUGCUCGCAUUGCCCUGCAGUACCACAAAGGUCUAAUAGGGCUACACAAGACCCGAAGCUUCAAGAGUGGAACAACAGGAACUAUUUUUACUGGGAAGGCAAUACAGGAGACCAAGUGUGGGGAGUUCAGUGCAGUGGUGGUGGAAGUAGCCGGUCAUGCUUACUACAGUGGUAUCACCAGUUUCACUCUGGAGAAUGAGGAUACCCUGAAAAAUGGCUUCCUCCUCCGAUGAGUCUGCAUAAAUGCUGAAGAAGAGAACUAACAAGCUAGAACAAGGACAAUAAUUACUGUCCUUUUGAUUUCAAUACUUUCUGAUAUUAUAUUUUGUAACAAUUAAAUCAAGUGCACAAGGUGGACAGAACAAGGCAUACACACACACAUAUAUACAUAUAUAUAUAUAUAUAUAUAUAUAUAUAUAUAUAUAUAUAUAUAUAUAUAUAUAUAUAUAUAUAUAUAUAUAUAAAAUAUAUAUAUCCUUCAUGCCAGAGGAAAUUGUACUUAUUUUUGUUUGUUUUUACUGAAUUGAAAGAUAAAACAAGAACCUGGUGAUUUUUGUCUGCUUUAACGUAAGUGUUAUUAGCUGAAAGAGAAAUAAAGCAUUAUCAGCAUGCGCAUUACA